CCUCCUUCCUCUCUCUGGAGUCUGGACAUUAAACACUAAAACAGUUUAUUUCUAUUUUUCUCUUUCCUCUCUCCAUUAAUCUCCGAUCUGACUCCUCUCUUACUCAACCUCCAUUGGCGAACUUCGUUUUUGAUUCUCGUAAUCCCUAAUUCCUCUUCUCGAACCUCUCACAGUCAAAAAUUUCUCCAACCAAAGACUGUAGCAGAGAGAGACAAAGUCAUUUUCAGAUGAUAAUACUUUUGCUUCAGUCAUGAUGAAGAUGAUGAUGAUGAAUCGAAGACGAAGCAACGUCGUUAGAUUUGAAGCUAAGAAAGAAGACAAAGUAGAAGAAGAAGAUAACAAUGACGAUUGUUUCUAUGAGUCUCUAGAUCGUGUACUAUCGUCUUGCUCUUGUUCAACUUCAAACUCUGAUUACGACUCUGACCCGAAUGUUUCCGAUUCGAUCCACGAUCCGACUCCGUUUCCUGUUCCUAUGUUUACCUCUGGGUUCGAGCUGUGGAAAUCUGAGCCUGAAUCUGUGUCGGAGAGACGAAUCAGGUUAUUGCGUGGUUUGGGACUUAGUAAUGAGCCGGAUCUACCUCCGGCGAGUCAGUUACGUUCUAGAAGUCGGAGAAACAGUUCUCAUUUCUCUAGAUCGGUUCCUUCUGAUGUUUUGACUUCGAAUCAUCAUGGUAAAUGUGUGUUGAGAUCAGAUGUAUCAGGUACUGACAAUGUCGAUCGAGAGUAUACUGGAUCUCGUAUGCGAAACGAUGGUGUUGAUUUUAUAAGCAAAGAGCCAAUGGAAAGAUCUCUUAGGGACAUUGUAGAGAAAGAGAAUGGUAGAGAUGUUGUUUUAGAGGAGCAAAUGUGUACUAUUAGGAAUUUAGAUACUGGGAGAGAGUUUGUGGUGAAUGAAGUUCGAGAAGAUGGGAUGUUGGAGAGGUUGAAGGAAGUAGGUACUGAUCGGCAAUUGACUCUGGAGGAGUUUGAGAUUUGUGUUGGUACGUCACCGAUUGUGCUUGAGUUGAUGAGGAGGCAAAAUGUUGAAGAUGUUUGUAAAGACUCUGUGGAUUUGGAUACUAAUGUUAGUGGAAGCAGGGUGACUAAACAUAGAAGGAGAGGGAGUUGGUUAAAGAGUAUUAAGAAUGUUGCUAGUAGUGUGACUGGGUAUAAAGAGCGACGGAGCACCGAUGAUAGGGAUUCACCGUCUGAGAGAGGUGGUCAGAGGUUUAGCUCUGCAACUGAUGAUAGUCGAGAUAUGUCUUUUCAUGACCCUGAGAGAGUUAAGGUUAGGCAGUAUGGGAAGUCGUGUAAAGAGCUUACUGCACUUUUCAAGAGUCAAGAGAUUCAAGCUCAUAAAGGAUCGAUAUGGAGUAUUAAGUUUAGUUUGGAUGGGAGGUAUCUUGCUAGUGCUGGUGAGGAUUGUGUUAUUCAGAUUUGGAAGGUUGUUGAGUCAGAAAGAAAAGGGGAACUCUUGUCGAUGGAUAAACAAGAAGAUGGAAGUAUAAAUUUGUUUCUUUUAGCAAAUGGAUCACCCGAACCCGUUUCAAUGUCUCCAAAGAGAAGAGGAAGAACAUCUUUUAGCCGAAAAUCAGUGAGCUUGGACAAUGUUCUUGUUCCAGAGGCAGUCUUUGGUCUUUCAGAGAAACCCGUGUGUUCAUUUGUAGGGCAUUUGGAUGACGUACUUGAUCUUUCGUGGUCAAAAUCUCAGCACCUGCUUUCCUCUUCCAUGGAUAAGACUGUUCGUCUAUGGGACUUAUCUAGCAAGACAUGUUUGAAAGUCUUCUCACAUAGUGACUACGUGACUUGCAUCCAGUUUAAUCCCGUGGAUGACAAUUACUUCAUCAGCGGAUCAUUGGAUGCAAAAGUUCGGAUAUGGAGUAUUCCUGAUCAUCAAGUUGUUGAUUGGAAUGAUCUUCAUGAGAUGGUCACAGCUGCUUGCUACACACCGGAUGGACAGGGUGCAUUGGUUGGUUCAUACAAAGGAACAUGCUGCUUAUACAACACACAUGAUAACAAACUGCAGCAGAGACGCGAAAUCAAUCUGAAGAACAGGAAAAAGAAAACCCAUCACAAGAAAAUCACUGGUUUUCAGUUUGUGGCAGGAAGUUCAUCGGAAGUUCUCGUCACAUCUGCAGAUUCACGUACGCGUGUUGUUGAUGGUGUUGACCUUGUUCACAAGUUUAAAGGAUUUCGCAACACGAAUAGCCAAAUCUCGGCUUCACUUACAUCAAACGGGAAAUUCCUAGUAUCAGCAAGCGAAGACUCUAAUGUGUAUGUAUGGAACUACGACUCAGACUCUCGAGCAGGAAGAAGCAAACGUGUCACAGUCACAAACUCAUACGAAAACUUUUAUUGUCGUGACGUCUCUGUGGCUGCACCUUGGCCUGGCAAAAUCAGUAACAACCACACUAACAACAGCCCCGAACAGUCAUCCUUCACAGCCAAUAAUAACCCUCCGACACCUGUCAACGAUCCAACCAACAACAAAACCGUCACCAACGGUAUCAUUUCAAGCGCCACAAACCGAUACUUCUUCGAUAGAGUCUCAGCAACAUGGCCUGAAGAAAAACUCUUGCUGGCUGCAAAAAACCGAGCCAGAACAAGCCCUCGUGUGAGCGUGGACAUGUCUAACAUACAGGUUAACACAAAACCGAGUGCCUCGGCGUGGUCUAUGGUGAUUGUGACUGGCAGUCUACGAGGCGAAAUCAGAAUAUUUCAGAAUUUUGGAUUUCCAGUUCGUCUAUGAUGCAAGGAGAAGGUUUUACAAUAUCAAAAUCCUAAGGCAAAGUGAAAUUUUCCCUUAGUAAAACCAUCUCCUGUCAAAAGUGUAUAGAUUGAGAGAAGGUUUGGUUCAUCCACUGACUUCUCUCGUUUUUUUUUUUUACCACGCUUCUUUUAUUUAUCUGAUUUGUUAUCUCUAAAAUUCAAAUCUCUAGCAAAUAUAUAUAAUGUUAUUUUUAAGAAAGAUUCAAAUAGGCAGAAAAAGAAACUUCAUAUACCAAUAUAGUUUGCUUCGAUGAAAGUCUGUGCUAUUCAACUUGAAGUUUGUAGAAUUUGUCUCUGAUAUUAUAACUCUUCAAGGAGAGAAUAUAUGGUAAACUUUUGUAUACACAUUUUGUAAUUGUCUUUAGGUUUAUCUUUACAUGUAAAAUAAUUG